AAGUCACGUGACCCGCAUCGUCUGCUCCCGGAGGUAAACACGAUCUCACGCAACACCUUCGUACCCCCAGAGAACUCAACCCUUUUCGGUCGUUUAUUUCUCCAGCAUGGGUUGGUUUUUCGGCGACAGCGAGCCCAAGACAGACACCUCCAGCUCGGGGUUUGAUUCGUUCUCUACUUCCACGCCGGAUUUCUCUUCUUCGUCGGGUUUUGAUACCGGUGCCUCGUCCUUCGGCGAUUCUUCCUUCGGGUCGUCGGCGUCGUCGGGGCUCGGGCUGGACAGUGGCCCUGGUAGUGGUAGCAGUUCUGGUGAUGCAGAACUCCAAAGCUUCCUUAUGCUGGAACAACAGAGGGCUCAAAUGCAGACUAUGAUACACAAGAUGAACGACAUCUGCUGGGAAACGUGCGUAGGCUCCCCAGGCAGCAAACUCGAUUCACGCACAGAAACCUGCAUCUCUAACUGCGUGGAGCGAUUUAUUGACACCUCUCUCUUUAUCACAAACCGAUUUGCACAGCUGCUUUCCAAGUCAGGAGGAAUGAUGUGAAAGGUGUGGCAGUCAGAGAAUUUCCAUUGUGAAUAGAUAAUACCCUGUACAGAUCAUGUAUUAUUGCUAAGUGUUGGCAGUCUUUCAGAAUUACAGCAAAAAAGAAUGUUGAGUAUUCAGAAUAUCAUACAGAUAAUUGUGUUUGGAUAUUGAUGUUCUGAGGAUGUUUUAUUAUUAUAUCUUAUAAAUGCUUAUUCAUUCUUAUAUUUUUACUAUAAAGAUCAUUUAUAUUUGAGAAUUCUUUAGUUCUGUCCAGCACUCAUUGAAAUGCUUUUGUUUUCUUUUUUAAUUAAGAUUAUGUAUCCCAUUGAUGAUACUUUACUGUUGAAUAAAAAAUUGUAUAGAUCAAGAUUUGGAAAAAAUGUGCAGUUGAGUGUGAACACAUUUUCCUGAAGAUUUAUAAUAUUGUUUAUUAAAAGCAAGAAAGAAA